UACCAAAAAAUAUGAAAGAAGUUUAUAAAAUAGAUGCAUAUAUGUACCCAAAAAUCCCAAAUAUUAAACAGAAUGGAAGUUUUGUCCAGAUACACUAUGGUACAGAAUAUAUUGACUUUGCUUGCGGUGCGAAUCCAUUCCCAUUUAUUUGGAACUAAUCUGAACCCUACAUUAUAUAUACAUCUACUAAGCCAAUUGCUGUAGGCUACUGUAUUAGUCUCCUUGUGUCACACUACACUGGCAUUGGUUAACUAGCUGAUUGGGUGGCUUUAAGGCAAUGUAAUGUCCACAUUUGUUGAUACUCAGCAUUAAGUUUCUCUUGGUUUUAGGGAAAAAUGUAUGUUGGUGUUUGAGAAUGAUUUAGGGUAGUUCUGCUUGAUUGAAGUAGCGGCUACUGGAUGGUAGAGAUUGACUCAAGUGAAAAGAAAAGAGGAUGAAUGAUAAUGGGUCCUCUCACAGUGAGGGGAAUGGCAAGUCAAAGAGUAAUGCAAAAGACAAGGAGAAGACCAAGUUAAGGGAAAGGCACAGGAGAUCCAUUACUACUAAGAUUUUCAAUGGGUUGCGAAAAUAUGGAGGUUAUAAUUUGCCCCCUAGGGCUGAUAUUAAUGAUGUUUUGAGAGCUCUGGCAAAUGAAUCUGGUUGGAUUGUGGAGUCUGAUGGUACUACUUACAGAGAACAGGGAAUGCAGAAGAUAUCAGGUAACCAGGCUACCUCUCAGUUAAGGCAAGCUGCUCCUCUGAAAUCUCCAUUGACAUCCACCAGCAGUUUGGGAGGAGGAAAUAUAGGGGGCUUUAACUGUGCACUUCCUGGGAUGAUCACCACAGCCACAGACAGCACUUAUACUAUUGACAUUAGAGGUGGAGAUUGUUCAACCACUGCGUCUCCUAAGAACAUGGGGAAAAAACCUCCUUCCCAUAACAACAAAAGCAACUCAUAUGUUCCCAAUAACUCUCCUCUUUCUUCUCCCUUCAUUUCUCCUGCCUCUAGUGAAGUUUGCGGACAGGGAAUUCAUAUGGGCAACAGUCUAUUCAUGCCGUCCUCUUAUGAAGAUGUUGGUGCCUAUAACAGUGCAGAUGCAAUGGAAGCCAUGGCCAUGAUGAACAGAAGCAGCAAUAAUGCCAAUCUCAAUCUUCAGCAACAAGAGAACUUUGUGCUUAACAAUUGCAACAGUUCUUAUGCAAUGCCUGGUUCGAUGCUUCCUCAGCAACAUCCAACUCUGCAAGAGUGCAGGGCUUCAAAUCAGAACACACCCAUUGGAUCCCCACAACAAGGGAUUAAUGACAAAGAUGAACUCUUGGAUGCUCCAGUUAACAAAGAUUGUUGUUUUGCAUUUUCUGUGGAAUAAUGAAAUCAGUAAUUUCUAUUGGGAACCAAAAAGUUCCCCUUUUCACUA